AUGUCCAGUGAUUACUUCUUCAAGAAAUGGAAAACUACUUUAGCUCGCUUGGAUGAAAUAGUGGAAAUUGAUAGCUUUUUACAGGAAUCGAAAGCUUACGACAAAACGCUCUGCGGAGCCUCUGAGAGAUUGUCCGGGAUACUAGCCCGGUACAUCGUAGUAUUCAACGAAGCAUUAGAUUGUAAGCAACACAAUGCUCAAGUCCAGAAAAUACCAUUCAUGGAAAAUGUUGUACAUGCCGUGUCUGAAAGGAUCUUAGAACUCAAGCAUGAACUCCGAAAACUUGAUGGCAGCAACUACCAGUUCCUAGCUAACGGUAUGAAAACCCACAGAGUUACUCCGAACGAUGUUGAAUUCAUUGGCGUGCCUGAUGAAACUCCAAGGUCAGAAGUAUUGGAUGAUAAACUGAAGGAAAUAUUCAAAGCUGUGAAGGAAGAAAAAGAAAGGAUUAGACUUGAAAAUAAAGAAGAAAUAAAUUGUUGGUGGGACGCUGACGAUGAAGAAGAGGAAGACAUCAAAAUGGAAGAGGUAAAAGAAAAAUUAACUGAAGAAGAACUCAAAAUUAGAGAAAUGGCCGCUUUGAUAAAAGCGCAUGAAAGAUCCAGACAAUGUAUACGUAUGAGGACAAAAACUAAACAGCAAAGAGCUAGGUGGGUGAAGGAGCUGAAUGGAACCCUGCCACCACCAGCAAGAGUGGAACUGAGGGAAAGAGCAGCAAAUCUUAUUCAGAUGGCAACAAGAAUAUAUUUUAAACAGAAAAGGACAAAUAUUGACCAGUGUCAUCGCGACGAACUUCUAGGUGUACAGUAUUGUGAACCGCCGAAAAUGAAGGCCAAAGCCGGUUCUAACGAGCUCAAAUAUUAUUGGACAGAAAUGCGUAAGAAAUAUAUGAAACAUAGGAGAAUUUCGUUCGAAAAUCUAAAGCAAAAGUACUCAACAGAGGUCACUGCUGAAUUAAAAGAAUAUUACAGAGAUGUUAUCAGAGAUUGGUUUUAUUCCUGGUUUCAGGAAAUCCAGUAUUUCCAUGAUAUACCGAAAGAAACUGAUGGCGGCAUUGUCCCUAUUAUUAAAGACGAGAUUCCAUCUCCUGUUGUUUGGCUUGAAGAACAUAAGAAAGCUUUAGAACAACAAAAAGCAAACAAAGGAAAAUCUGCUCAAGAGUUAAAGUUCGCGAAACAAGAAGCAAAACGGGAGCAGAUGUUGCAAAAGCGAGAAGAACAAAUGAAAUUGAAGUUACAAGCGCAAAUGAUGAAGAAGUUGCUGAAAAACCCCAACCAACAUCCGGGAUAUCAUUAUCCUAUAUCUCAAAAACUUACACAUAUUGUUGAGGCAAUGGAAGAAUAUCAUAAAUACUGGGACGAACUUGACGACACAGAAGUAAAAACUGUUAAAGAGAAAUUUAUAAAAGAUCUGGACGUUUCUGAUGCUUGUAAAGAAGUGAAGAUUGAAGUAUCUAACUAUGUUUAUGAAGAUAUGACGGAAGAGCUGAAACUGCUUAAGACAGCAUUAAAAACAGAUUAUUUGAAUAUGGGUGAGAAAAUGCUGGAACCUUUGAAAGAAAAGUCAAAAAAGAAACGAAAAAAGAAAAAAAAACUACAAGCAACAAUCAGUGAACACAUUUAUGAGCAACUUCAAAAAUUGGCCAUGGAAGACAUACUCAAAGAGUAUAAACGCACUUCUCUGGAGGACUUCUUGGGAGAUCACAAUUUGGUUGGGGACGAUAUUCGUUGCAACUACGGCCAAGCUCUCCCGUUCGCUGGUGAAACUAGAAGCGUGUGGUGGGAGCGUUGUCGGGAAGUCAUCCGUGGAAAAAGGAAGGUUCUCAUUGUUGGGCCGAAGGGUAGCGCGAAGACCAUACUGGUCCAUGCGCUUGCAUCUCUGAAUGAUGCAGCACUAUUUGAAAUAGACCCGUGUAAGAUGCCAGGUAUUCUGAUAUCGGCCGUUUACCUACAAUCACUGGUGGCGACCAUCACGAAAUGUGCCCAAGUGGUACAACCUUCGGUCAUUUAUAUAAGGAAUGUUCACCGAUUAUAUUAUAUUAAGACUCCCACAGAAAUCGCCGAUAUAAAUAUCAGCUUACUGAACCACUAUUUAGUGAAGAAGUUGUGUAAAAGAUUCAACAAGACUGACAAAGUUACUGUAAUAGGCACUUGCGUAGAACCCUGGCUGGCCAAGACCAAACUUGUGAAACAAUUUCCUGUGACUGUUCUUGUUCCAGACACAUCAUAUGCUACUGUCUACAAUAUCUUGUAUGACUGGGUGACAAAUGACCACAGUGUUCCCAAUGAUCUAAACAUUCAAUGCCUGGCCCGUGCGCUGCAAGGGUACAGUUUUGGUUACAUCAAAGAGUGCCUGAAAAAUUUCUUAUCUCCUGAAAGGAUUGUACACAUUGGAGCCCACGGAUUGAAACCUGUUGAUGUGUACAACUUUAUACUGGAUGAUAACAGAGAAACGAAAGUUGAUUACUCGAAAUAUAUGAAAUGGUAUAUGAACAAGACAGCAUGGGGUAUGAAAGAGAAAAAACACCAGCAAGAACAGCUGCAGUUCAAAGCUGCCUUGGACAAGUAUGCGGAGGCAAUGAAGAAGAAGAAAUCAAAAGGUGGCGUAAAGACUGCUUCUUCAAAAUAA